UUUUGAUGUGGCCAUAGAAGCUCAGCUGUGUUGAUGUAGGAACUUUUUAUUUUUUCCUGUUUAAUCUUCAGCUGAGGUUCCCGCCAUGGCUGUUGGAGUUGCAAAGUUAGGAUUUCUCUCCAACACUUGCCAUCAUCCUGCAUUAUCACCACACAGAAACAAUAACCAUUUCAGCUAUUCAAAUGUCAUAAAUACAUCAUCCCCGGGAAGAAUAAGAAGAAGGUUGUACUUAUCUAGCCAAAUUUCAGGGUCGCUCAUCAAAGAAGAAGAGGAACAACAACAAGUCUUAUUUACAGAACCAGAGACUCAACUUAUUGAAGCCCUAAUUGGUAUUCAAGGAAGAGGUCGUGAUGCCUCUUCACAACAACUCAAGGAAGUUGAGCGCGCCGUGCAAUCUCUUGAAGGUCAAGAGGGUGCGCCAGAUCCUACGGAUUCCAAUUUGAUUGAAGGCCGCUGGCAAUUAGUUUUUACCACAAGGCCAGGGACAGCAUCUCCAAUACAGAGGACAUUUGUCGGUGUUGAUGGAUUUAGUGUCUUUCAAGAGGUAUACCUCAAAACAGAUGAUCCAAGGGUCUCGAAUAUUGUCAAAUUCUCUGAAGCAAUUGGUGAGCUAAAAGGAGAGGCAGCAGCGUCAGUGAAAGAUGGAACACGCAUUCUAUUUCGGUUUGAUAGAGCAGCUUUCUCUUUCAGCUUUCUGCCAUUUAAGGUUCCAUAUCCAGUUCCAUUUAAGCUUCUAGGGGAGGAAGCAAAAGGUUGGUUGGACACUACAUAUCUGUCCCAGUCUGGAAACAUCCGCAUUUCACGAGGAAACAAGGGCACCACAUUUGUGCUUCAAAAGGAAACUGCACCAAGGCAAAAACUACUUGCCACCAUUUCUACCGGAGUGGGCGUAAAAGAGGCAGUCGAAAAAUUUGUCGCCUUAAAUCAAAGAGUAGCCAGUACAGAACCAGAGCUUCAAGCGGGAAUUUGGCAAUUAAUAUGGAGUUCACAGCAAGAAACUGACAGUUGGAUAGAGAAUGCUGCUAAUGGACUUAUGGGCAAACAGAUUGUGAAGGAAAGUGGACAACUGAGGUUUGUGGUUGACAUUUUGCUUGGGAUGAGGUUCUCCAUGGAUGGAAACUUUGUUAAAUCCGGCAAUAGUACAUACGAUGUCACGAUGGAUGAUGCAGCCAUCGUAGCUGGAUCAUUCGGACUUCCUAUGGAGAUGAUAACCAAGUUCGAACUUGAAUUGUUGUACGUCGACAACAAGAUCCAGAUAACACGAGGUUACAACAAUAUACUAUUUGUCCAUUUACGAGUUGACGAUGCUGAAAAAAAAUAAUUAUAAUGACAAACGUAGGCACCCUCAGUGGAAAAUAGUUAUCUGAUGUAUCAAUGUAAAUUUCUUCUGGGAUGUGAUCUGAAACAAACGUUGUUGUAUGGAAAGACUUUCUUUGUAUUUCUUGGAGAGCUUCUCCCCCAGGCCCCAACUUCAUUGUAUUUUAUGUUAUUUACUGUUCUUCAAUUGUAUGAAUAACAUUUAUCUGAAUAUCGUGUCAGUCAAAUUUUAUUUUAUUUUUGAAGUAAGAGGAUAAAUAAAAUAUGCCUAAAUUGCCAUUGCAUAA